CGGACAUUCUUUUUUACGAAUUCUGUGGGCAUAGUGACAUAGUGACAUAGUGCAAGCUGAUGGAAGCGCUACCUCCACAGCCACCUCCUCCUCCUCCACCCGGUGGAAAGGAUGUUGCUGAAAAAAACGUAGUAGCCUAUGGCUACGAAGGGGCAGGUUUUGGUGGCAACGGUGGCUACUACCCACCUCCUGACAGCACCUAUGGCUACCCUCCUGGUAGCUAUCCUGGUUAUCCUGCGGGAUAUCCUCCCCCUCCGGGUUAUGGGAAUUAUGGACCUGCUGGAGGAUAUGAAGGAAAAGGAGCUCCAGGAGCACCACCUCCUCCACCACAAGGAGGUGCACCAGGCUAUGGCACCUAUGAGAUCUAUGGUGGAUAUGGUGCACCACCUCGUGCACCUGGUUUUGGCUUCGAUGGCAAAGGUCGAGAUGCUCGAGACGGCCGACAGCGGAGUCGUGACGGUCGUGAAAGUCGUGACGAACGCAGAAGGGAUGACGGUCGUCGAGAUGGCAGGGCAGGUCACGACAAAGGUCGAGAUUAUGAUCGGGGUGACAGAGGUCGAAGAGAAGGAAGAGAAGGAGGAAAAGGUUUUGAUGGUUAUGGCCGAGGCGUUCCGUUGCCGGACCCUGUUGAACUGGAGCUGAAGGGUUUGCCCAUGGAUGCAUCAGAACCGGCACUUCGCAGUUUGUUCCAGGGCAAGGGUCUUCACUUCGACUCUGUCCAGUUUAGCGUCAGUGCCAUUGUGAAAGUCUCGGGGCACCAAUUGGCAGACCAGGUCAUCAGUACCUUCCACAAGUGCCCAAUUGCGGGAAAGCCAAUUGACUGUGUGCGAUUGGAGGACACUUCCGGGAGCCGCCCGCGGAGUAGGAGACGCGAGAGAACGAGCCCACCACGUCGUGAGCGGACGCCACCUCCACGCCCCGAGCGCCGGGACCGCAGCCGCACACCGCCGCGAGGUCGCGACAGAAGCCGCAGUCGUCGUCAAAAUGACUGGGGAGACAAAGGAGGUGGGAGAGGCGGAGGCGGAAGUGGCUACCGCGAUGAAGGCGGACGUUUGAAAGGCGCAGUCCUGAAGUUUGAUGAGGAGAAAGGCUUUGGAUUCAUCAAACCGGAACGUGGAAAUGAGGACAUUUUUGUUCACUUUACCAGCUUACCUCGAGAGUGCCAAAGAGGUGGCAGCAGUGUGCUGCGACAGGGAGACAGAGUCAGCUUCGAUCUGGAAAUUGAUCCAAAGAAGGGCAAACCAUGUGCAAAGAAUGUUCAGCUUGAAGGUGGAGCUGGUGGCGGAGCCGCUGGCGGAGGAGGUUAUGUUCAACGUGGAGCUUGGGGGGGUGGAGCCGGCCCGCGCUCCGGCAGCGUCAGCAAUUGGGAUUCAGAGAAGGGCUUUGGUUUCAUCACCCCGGACGGUGGUGACAAAGACCUGUUUAUGCACUUCUCGUCCCUUCCUCGCAGCUACCAGCGAGGAGGCGAAUUUACACUUCAAGUGGGAGACCGUGUCAGCUUUGACAUUGAGUUCGACGACCGUAAGGGAAAGAAUUGCGCCAAGAACGUCCAGGUGCAAGGAGGAAGUGGAGGCGGAGGUGGCGGAGGUGGCGGAGGCGGUGCCAGCUUUGCCAAGGGUGACAAAGGUGGCAAAGGUGGUGGGAAAAGUGGUGGCGACGGAUCAAGGAGCAUCAUGUCUGCAGAGCGACGCAGGCAAUUGUUUGACAGUCCGGAUGACAGGUCACCGUCGCCGCCAAGGAGACAGCGUUUUGCCAGCCGUGGAAGCAGCAGGGGAUCACGCUCACCGGCGAGGAGGCCAGCGCCAGGCUUCAGCAACGCAGAACCAGGGAAUGCCACAGGCUUUGGGAAUGGAGAUUUUAGAGGUGCCAGUGAUGGUCGGGAAAAUGCAGAUGGUGAGUAUGGAACAUGAAGAGAUUUCGGGGCUAUCUGUCAAAAGGACGGAACAAAGGAAGCACGAAGAGCAA